AAAUGACUUACUGGUUGUUGAGAUUAUUACACCGUCAGUUUUAAUUUAGCUUCUGGAUUGUAAGGAUUUAAUUGAAAUAUUCAAGCUUACAUUCUUGUUAAAAAUGAAGUUGCUGUUCUUAGUUUUUCUAAUUUGUCCAAUAGUUUGGGCUAUUGAACCUAUUAGCUAUAAAGACUACAAAGUUGUAGAAUUUAAGAUCGAAACUGAAGGGCAGUUGAAAGCUGCUAAGAAUAUGGAAAUGAUGUCUGGGUUCAAGUACUGGGAGUCACCUGUACAAACAAAUAUGAAAACAGAGCUCAUCAUUCAUCCUCAAAUGUUUAACGAAUUUGUCGAAAUUGCCGAAGAAAUUGGAAUUAAAUUUAAAAUUUUGACUGAGGACCUUGGCAGUGAAUUUAUGGCAGAACGUCCAGUAAGACGCACCAAAGACGACUCAUUUGCGUUCGAUCGUUACAACACUUACGAGCAGAUCCUUGAAUUUAUGGACCAAAUUCAGUCAGAAUUCCCUGAAAACUCUCAAAUAUUCACAAUCGGAAAUACCUUUGAGGGACGUCCAAUUAAAGGAAUUAGAAUCACGAAGAACAUUCAAAAUCCAGCAAUUUUUAUUGAGUCUAAUAUUCAUGCUAGGGAAUGGAUUACAUCAGCAACGUCUGUGUGGUUGAUUGAUCAAUUUUUGAGGUCAUCAAAUGAGACUGUAAGGAGCUUUGUGGAUGGAAUUACUUGGUAUAUCAUUCCUGUGCUGAAUGCUGAUGGUUAUGAAUAUUCCUACAACGUUGAUCGUUUGUGGAGAAAAACGCGCUCAACUCUCGGUUCCAUUUUAUGCUACGGAGCUGAUCCUAACCGUAACUUUGGCUUCAACUGGAUGAACGGUGGAGCCUCAGCUGUCCCCUGUACCGACACUUACGGAGGAUUCAGUGCAUUCUCAGAACCAGAAACAAAAGCUUUAAUUGACUUUUAUGCCACAAUUUAUGAAAAAGUCAAGAUUUUCUUGUCAUUCCACUCAGCAACUCAAGCUUUGCUGUAUCCAUGGGGAGAUUUGAGACCAAAAGCACCUAACACUGAUGAUUUAUUUGCAGUCGCUGAAGCCGCAAUCAAUGCCCUAACAGCACGUCAUGGAACCGACUAUGUUUAUGGAAAUACAGUAGACAUUCUUUAUGUAGCAUCAGGAACCACACCUGAUCAUAUUUAUGGAGUUUUUAAUACAACACUUGCUUACACUUAUGAAAUGAGACAUGCAAAUACAGGAAGUCGAUUUGUCCUUCCACCAGAGCAGAUCAUACCAAAUGCUGAAGAAAUUUUGGAAUCAAUUAUGGGAAUGGUUGCUAAAGCUACAGAACUUAACUAUUUUUAAUUAUUGGAAAUUGAAAUUUUGUUUUUUUUUUAAUUUGAGACUUUUCUUCUUUUGAAUUUUGAAAAAUAAAUUUUUCUAAUUUAAUAA